CUGUUCAUUUUUCAUUCAUUUAGGAAUACGCACAAUGUAGUUGCAGAACUGUCAUUGAAGGAUCAGUUAGUUUCAUAAUGCAUGGGAUUCCCAAUUUUAGACUCCGAUCGUAUCCUCGCGGUGCUCUUUUUGCAUUGAUAUACUCAAUAUGAGAUGGAAUGUGUGCAAUCCAUUUGGUGGACGUUUAAGCUUCAGAAGUAAAAUUUGAGAGGCACUGCUUCGAGUUGAACCCCGACCGAGUCUUCACCGGACAAAGUUCUUUCUGGACGUACGCUUGCUGCUGCAAAGGGAUUAUGUCUUUGACGGAGGAGCUGAACUCUGCAGUCAGCUUGCUCCUGAGCCUGGAGGACCAUGUAUUCCAGGACGACGAAAUUCCCCGCACUCAGCGCUCUCGAAUGAAGCAAGAUUUCGGAUUCUUGCUGUCGGUGCUGGACAAUCCAUUGUUGCGGGAACUGGUUGGCAUUCGGGACUCGCUGGGACAACUGGGCCGUCAGAUUCAAGAGCACCCGUCGCUGCUCCCCGAAGACUUCGACAUCGAGAACGGGGAAUUGCUUCUCACGCUGCCGUUGCCACCAUCAGAACAGGCAUCUGCUGCCAGUGGCGGCAAAAGAAGUUACGCCGACGACGAUGUCGGCGAUGAAACUGGUACGGACGCGAGUGAAUCUUCCGACGAGUCUAGUACUGCGACAUCUGAUCCGCUGCCGGAGUGUCCCAGGACGAGCUGUUGUGCCAGGGGAACAAUUUCCGUUUUUCUUCUAUCAUCGGAAUAUUCGGCCGCUGUUCCCAGCGAGUCGGAUGCUUGGGAGUUUCCGCGCGAAGGAACGUUCCGCGUCUGGCGACUCGAUUCCCUUGCCGACGACGCCGUUCGUUUGGAAAUACGCGGCGCUUGCUGGUGCUGGCGUCAGUCCGCGGUUUGUGCGCGCUCUGAAAGUGACAGGAGUUUCUGGUGUGGUUCGGGUUCCGGCGAAAUAAAUUGCCUGGACGAGGUUACGCUUGGAAGGGUUGAUCCAGGACCUCUGGCUUGGAGUGGUCACUGUCAUGAUGAAACGCAGUCGAAUCGCCCGCCGUCGAAUCGUUCCGCCGAUUUUAACCCCUCUCACGAGGUCGACUCGUCGCUGUACGGCCGUCGAGAGAUACACUCCAUCGCGGUUCGCAAGCCUCCUGGAUCCCAUGGGUCGGGCAUCAGUUUGGUUGGCCUCAGAAGCGAGCUCCGCGGAGAUUUGGGGAUCUACGUCCAAGUAUACAGUAUCCCGUGGAUCGUGCGUUGUGCCGAGGGCUUUGUUGCUUCCUCCAAGCACGGCUUUGUCGCGUACGACUGUGCCCGUCCGCAGCUGAUGACGCUGAUUUCUGAGUUCGUGUUGGCGAAGCAUCGGGAGAAGCUCCUCUUCCGCACCGCCGUAUUUCUGAGAGUCCUUCAUACAGAGAUUCAAUCGGGCGGGAUCUGGGGACAAGAUGGGCGCCUCAAGGAAGGGGAUCAAAUAUUGAGUGUGAACGGGAGAUCAGUGGACUCGCCCCAAGCCCCCAUCACUCACCAAGAAGUCAUAGACAUCUUGCAGCGUGAUCAGGGAAGAGUAGAGCUUGUCGUUGCCAGAGCGUGUCCUAAAUCGCCGGCCAAGACUGUCUCCGACGUCACGUCGGGUCGACGUUCGCGGUCACCGCGGGGUGUAAUCGAGUUGAACAACGACGGCACUGGAUUAGGAUUUGGCAUUGUCGGUGGCCAUAGUACCGGAGUAAUUGUGAAAACGAUUUGCUCUGGUGGUGUUGCUGACAGAAGUGGAAAAUUGAAAAGCGGCGAUCAUCUUUUGAAGAUUAACAAUAUUCCUCUGAAGGGAAUGGGAUCGGAUCAAGUGGCAUCCGUUCUUCGACAGGCGGGAAAUAGGGUCACUUUGGUCGUCGUGAGGGCUUCCUCGGAUCCAGAUGAAGACGAAGUGGAGCCUCCUCCAGGAUUCGUUUCCAGUCAUAUUGCCAACGAUCCUGAACUCCUAGACCAGUACUUGGCCAACUUAGAUAGUGGCAGUUGCGUGGCUUCCCCCGAAGGCGAGGUUGAUUUUAAUGCUACCUCUCCAACAGAACUUCCGGAGGUAGAAACAUUCGACGUUCAGCUCAGCAAAGACACUCAAGGACUAGGCAUAACCAUUGCGGGAUACGUUUGUGAAAAGGAGGGUCUCUCUGGAAUCUUCGUGAAAAGCAUCAGCCCCGGCAGCGCUGCCGCAUUGACGCACAGGAUAAACGUCAACGAUCAGAUUAUCGAGGUUGACGGGCAGCCCUUGACGGGCUUCAACAACCACCGAGCUGUGGAACUGUUGCGGAGCACCGGGAACAGGGUCCAUUUGACUUUGGCUCGUUAUUUGCGUGGUCCUAAAUACGAACAGUUGCAGAUGGCGAUUGCCAAUGCACAACCCGCUCCCCAACUCACUGGUUACCCCGACCAUCCCGAACCUGCCAUUUCACCCGUUGAUCCGGUGAUAGCGAAAUGGACGAGCUUGUAUUCGAAGCAACCUGGAACUCCCUCGAAAUUUCAAAUAAUUGUGGCCAAUGUUGAGAAGUUCGAAAGUUCGAGCGGUUUGGGCAUUAGUCUCGAAGGAACUGUUGAUGUCGAAGGGGGAUUGGAGGUGCGCCCGCACCACUACAUCCGCUCCAUUCUUCCCGACGGACCCGUCGGUCUGGAAGGUACUCUGAUGCCCGGGGAUGAGUUGCUUGAGGUGAACGGCAAAAGGCUGAUGAAUCUGAGUCAUUUCGAUGUACUGAAGAUCCUGUGUGAGCUGCCAAGGAAAGUUAAGAUUGUUUGUGCCCGCAGCGGGUCCCGUUUCCGAGGCCCACAAACUAAAGCUACUUCAAAGAAGGGUCACGAAAUGCAAGACGCUUCCCCUCCGGUCCCGACGUGCUUAAGCCCGUUUCUGGUCAAAGCGAAGUCUGACGGGUCUAUUGCCUCCAGCCCGACGACUUCCGAAAUUGGACCCAUGAUGCCCGGGAUCGGGAUAGCUGCCAAGUCAAGAUCUUUGGAGCCGCUUUCAUCGGGCCUAGCACUUUGGAGUCCGGAUAUUCAGAUUAUUGAGCUAAUUAAAGGUGACAGGGGCCUCGGCUUUUCCAUCCUUGAUUAUCAGGACCCACUGAAUCCCGACAGCUCUUUGAUUGUCAUACGGAGCCUUGUGCCGGGCGGCGCCGCGCAAGCUGACGGACGCUUGAUCCCGGGGGAUCGUCUCGUAUCAGUCAACAAUACUGACGUGGCUAAUGCCUCCCUGGAGAUUGCAGUGCAAGCCCUAAAAGGCGCUCCCAAGGGCCCAGUUAGAAUCGGUGUCUGCAAACCUCUUCCCAUACAAGACAGUCACUCUGACGGACCCUACUCGAGGAGGCCCUGAGUAUCAAAAUACUGUAGAAGGAAGGCUUGAACGUGUCCUGUAAUCCUGUAGCGAUUUUUGUAUGAGUGACUUGGUACCUUAUUUAUCUGUGAAAUUGAGGCGUUGUCUUACUUGAAAGCGCUCUCAUGGGGGAACUGUUAGUCGUAUAUUGCGUUGUUCGUACACCCUGUUUCCUGUGAAAGAAAGCUUUAAGCACGGUUUUCGUUGAGCACAAGGCGCAUGUAUGUAAACUAGCGAAGAUCUGAAAUUGAAUAUUCAGCUCACAGUGUGUCGGGUUUUGAACUUAGCUGGAUUGUAACGUGUACCACUGAAUUAUUUCGCGUCUGCUUCUUGAAAACACCGCUGUGAUAUCAUUCAUCCCUGUUGGGAUGGUUGGUAAUUUUUCUUUUGUUAUUGAGUCAUCGCUGUGAAACAUUUUAGGGCACUACCUGAAGUACCAGUUAUGUUCAUCGUUUCUAGUUUCGAUAUGCUGCAGUAGGAGCUUUAUUGGCGGGUUGCGAUGAACUUUGUUUUGCACCCGCGUUGGCACGUAUAUGUACUGUACUUUAGUUGUAAUGCAAUGAUAUUUAGCGGUCUCAGAAACGUAGCUCUGGGACAGAUGAGAGCAAUUGGAUUAAAGAAACUGUGGGUAUCGCUUCAUGCUGAAUCCGGAUGACGAUUGAGGAGUUGUCGCACAGGAGUUCUGUGUAUUUUUGGUGUGAAGCUUGUUUUACGUUUGCGAAAAUACGCAUUUUCUCCAUUACGAGGUUACAUUGAAUGUGAUUAUUCCUCGAAAGCGUCAUGAAUGUCUCACGCACACGUCGGAAUCUAUGGUCACUAUGUGUUCAUGAUAUUCAAGAGUUCUAAAUGACCUUGUGUCUUACGCACGAAAAAUUUCAUGCGGCGUAGAUUUUCUUCCGAUAUUUUCGUGUGUGACCGUGAUGAGAUUGAUGGAACCCGUUUUCUUGCAGUUACCAGUGAAUUCGCUCUAGUCUGUAACAACAAUGGAAUCAACUGUGAUGAGGCCCUGUGGCAUUUUUUUCUUGUUGUGCCAAAGACAACUUUCGUUGGCCUCAUGCAUCCUGGCCUAGUGGCAGAGAGUGGACAGGAAAUCCACUUAGUAAGCCCAGUAGAUACUGGCUUGGGGCUACAGCAAUCUCCGGACAGUAAAUCGCUAGUCUUUUCAGACAUGGUCCAAAGUGCCGGAGUUGCUGGUCAUGAGGAAGCCUCUAGCAUUUGGGGAACCGAAAAGCGUGUACUCAUCCGGCGAAACUCAAAUCAGGGCAUAGGAAUAUCCCUUGUGGGAGGGAAAGUGGAAGUUAAUGGAGGCGCGUCUUCAAUUGCGGGCGUCUUCAUAAAAUCGAUUUUAUCUCAUAGCCCGGCUGAGAAAACCGGGCUUCUAUUCACCGGCGACAGAAUCCUGGAGAUUGACGGGGUUGAUUUACGGAACGCUGGUUUUGAAAAGGCUACUCAAGCUAUUAAGCAAGCCGGGAACGAAAUUUCUCUCGUUGUUCAGAGUUUGAAGAACAUUCCGCCUGAUUCACAUACCAUGGAAGGAGCUGGUGAGGCCAGCCUCCGCUGCUCUUUGUCCAGAGACAUAUCCGGUCCACUUGGUAGCGGGUCGACAUCACCUGUUGCCCCGUCGUCCCGUCGCGAUUCUCUGAUGCCCCCGUCGAAGGACGGAAAUGCCUCGGAUGCUGAGAGUGCUGUAAGCGCCGAAACUGUUUCCCCGUCCGCGAGCGACACUGAUUCCUCUUCUGACGAGGAAGAAGGCGGACGAACAACGUCUCGACGCGGAGCUGAAAUUGAUCGUAUGAGUGCUGGUCACGUCAAGCUAUCAAAAGCCGAAAAAUUGCAGUGCAAGGAAGAGGAGGAUGAGUUCGGUUAUACAACGACCAAAAUAAAAAAGAGGUACCCACAUGCCAACGGGCAGCUUCUUCUAAUCAGCGUUGCACGCAAUCCAAAGUUGGGUGGUCUCGGAAUCAGUCUUGCCGGCCUGAAGGAUCGAUCACGUAUGGGAGUUUUAGUUGCGGGAGUGAAUCCAAAAAGCACUGCUUAUCAGGAAGGAAAGGUGCUCGUCGGAGAUGAAAUACUCGAGAUCAAUGGUACCGUUGUUCGUGGUCGAUGCCAUUUGAACGUGUCUUCCACAAUUCGUCAGAUACGCUCCUCAGUCGUUAAAUUUGUGAUUCUCCGCAAGCCCCAAGAAAUCUGCUUGGAAGAACUUGCAGUUGGACCAAUUUCCAACUACCCGGUGUCAUGUGGAGUUCAAAAUGUUCUUGAUGCUGAAGCUAUUUUAUCAUCAUUGAACGAAAAAUACAAGGGAGUUAGAGCUAUCCGAGUUCAAAAAGGCGACAGUGGUGGUGGUUUGGGCAUCAUGAUCAUAGAAGGAAAACAUGCUGCGAUGGGUCAAGGCAUUUUCAUUUCAGAUAUUCAGAAAGGUAGUCCUGCGGAGGAAGCUGGGCUUGCGAUCGGCGACAUGAUCUUGUACGCGGAUGUUGAGAACUUGAUGGGUGCAGACUAUGACAAAGCCGUGUCAAUCCUACGUCGCAUAACGGGAACAGUUACGCUUUACGUGUGCAAUCCUCACACAGCCACCGCGAACUCGAACGAGCUUCAGCCCCCACGUGCCGUGUCGCCUGCCGUGCCCGGUAGUCCCGCCCGACCCGUGACCCCUGCUGGAACUCAAGGCACCCUAUCGCCUGUCACUGCCAGCAGCCCCACCCCGUCUGGUAGCCGCAGUCCAGACAUCGGGCGCAAGGCCGAAUCCCAUACUAUUGUCCCUGGCAACGAUGCGACAAUCGAGUUGAACCUGACGGAGAAAACCCCACUCGGGCUAUUGUUGAUCGGCGAACGCGAGAGCCCGCUCGGAGGAGUAUUCAUCCUUGAUAUUCGUGCCAACGGUCUCGUCGCCAAAGACGGUCGCCUGAAAAUUGGCGAUCAUCUCAAGGAAGUUGGCUCUGUUAACCUUCGCGAGAAAACCGCCAAGGAAGCCUAUGAGGCCAUUUGGCACACUUGUUCGCGCGGGAACAAGCUGUCUUUGCUAAUCCAUCGUCGCCACGCCGACGACGACAACUCCAAUUGCUUUGAGGAGCUCACGUUUCAACUGUCGAAGAGGAAAGAAAAGAGUCUUGGGCUUUGUGUGGCUGCCUCAAAGUCACUCAAAGGCCUCCCAAUCAUCACGGAAAUUCUGGACGGCUCGCUGGCAUUCCUCGACGGUAAACUUGUCAAAGGGGACCGUAUCAUGGCUAUUAACGGGGUUGACCUGACUGACGUGAAGCCCGAAAAAGCCGCGCUGUCUCUUCGAACCGCGUUCACGUUCGCUUCCCCCACUAUGACCUUCAAAGUGCGUCGGCUGAGGAAACCAUGAGGUAAAGUGGGGUUCAAGAACACAUUGGAAUUCUUGAAUGAAUGAAGGAGUGCGAACGGUGUUCUCUUUAUAAUUCUUCACCCUUGCUCCACUCGGCAGUUUUCGUCUGCUCACUGUGUUGAUUCCCGCAGAUUAGGUUGCAAAAAUAUUUUUGCUUCUUUAUUUUUUAUAUUUGGAUGACCAGUCUUCUCUUUGAGUUGCUUUUAUACUCCAUGGAGGAUCCAGGAUACUUUUCGUUACUGCAGCAGAUGCUGUCCCCAAUAUGAUGAAAAAAUUUCAUUCCAGUCCAAUUUUCGAUUGAUUACUGUUUUUCGACCUCUCAGAUCAUUGAACACGAUUUUUUCAACCCUCACCGUUGUGCUCUUGAGCCCGAUUGACUUGUCAUUACUCUUCUUCUGGCGCGCCCUUUACAUGUGGGGGCCUUCUCGGAGUGCGAAUGGGGCAAUCGAAAAGCAAGGAUCGCAUCAAUCCUGUCCGGUUUGACUUUGGAUCCAUCCAUGGGUACCUUUGACGAGAAAGUAUCGUAAUAUACCGAACAUCUGUACUGAACAUGAACAAUUAUAGUUUUUUCUCAAUGGGUUGGUAUUUAGUGUAUCGUAUUAGCUAGUAAUAUCCGCUAUACUUCAAGCAUGCUGUGAUUAAUGUCUGGCAAAGAAGUCGUGCGUGGAGUAUCUGGUUGAUAUUACCCGGCCCCAGGUGUUUUUUCUUCAUUAGCCAGUUUCUGGGGUAUUUUUGCUGUGGAAUUGUUUCCGAAUUGCUUGUUCCAGUUAGCCUUGAAUGAUUUCAAGUGUAUUGCUGGAUUUCCUGAAAACUGCGAGGUCUGAUGAUUCUGGGAUAUUCAAGUGUGGAACAAAAUAAACGGACAGUGCGUAACUUGAA